AACAGCUGAUUGUGGAAAGUGACGAAGAGGAAAAUUCUCAUCAUAACUGCGAAGAAUUUACUACGAGGAAUAUGUGAAGAAGGAUCAAAUAAAUAACUGCAUCAUUGCCUUGGUCAGCACAUUUAACUGAUUCUAAAUUGCUUCAGAAAACACAAACAAAAAGAACUGUGUGCUUUUAAAUGUGACAGAUGUUUGUUGUAAGAAAUGUCACAAAUUGACAUUCAGGAUUUGUUUAACAAAAGCAGGUUUCCUAGCGGAUGGCUUCUUCUUCCUAUACUUUUAUAUACACCAGUGGGAGUUCUUUUAGCAUUAUUACGAAUAUUAGUAGUAUUACAUCUAUGGCUUUGCACAUUGCUACUGCCUGACUGUAAUCCUGUUCGAACAUUUUUAAGUUAUGGUUGCAGCUUUGCUUUUGGCAUUAUAGUGAAAAUUGAUACUGAAAGUGAACCUAGACACAAACAAUCAAGAAUAAUAAUUGCCAAUAAUGUGUCUGUUCUGGAUCAUUUCGCUCUUCGUCGAACAACGGACACACUAGUUCCCAGUAUUUGGGAAGUACCUGGUGUAUUGAACAAUGUGUUAGGAGUACAAAAGAUGGAUAUGACUAGCAAAGAUGCACUGAUUGCCAACAUAAAACAAUUUCUUUCCACCUCUAAGUAUAGCAUCACAAUACAACCUGAAUUUGGCACAACUAAUAGCAGAGUUGCUUUAUUAAAAUUCAAUUCCUGGCCGUUUAGCAUAGAAACGUCUGUACAGCCAGUUACCAUAAAGGUAUCAAGGCCAGAUCUUGUGCCUAUUCAUGUUACUUCAUUGGCUUCAACGUGGUGGACAGAAAUAUUUUGGUUUAUGUAUGUUCCUUACACGAUGUUCACACUCAAGUACCUGAAAAUCAGGCAAAAUCCUGAUCAUGAGACUCUCGCUCGAGAAGUAGAGAAAGUCAUUGCGGAUGAUCUGGGACUUCAGAUAAGUUCUUAUACUGUAUCGGAUAAAACGGAAUAUGAAAAACGUUACGAGCGUAUGGAGAGGAUACUCAAUAGCGCACGUUCUACUAGAAGCACAGCUAACUCACAAUAUAGCAUGGAAAUGCAAAGAAUGAUUCGUCAAGUCAGCGAAGUACUUCCAUUGGUUCCACAUAAUGUGAUUUUUCGAGAUCUUUUGAAAACUCGAAAUGUUGAUGUAACAAUCGCCAAUAUUCUUGAUGGCAUAGUUACUUAUACGCCAGAAUCGAAUCCAGCAGCUCAAACAUCUGUAACGUCAUCCAGCGGAUCUCCAAGUACUGGAAAGGACAAAAUCUUGGGUACGGUUUCCUUCCAGGAAAAAAAGACUAAAAUGAUACAAGAAGCUAGAGAAAGGUAUAUUAAAAAACAUUGUUUGAACAUAAAGUGCUGACGUUCUUGCUACUGUUUUAUUCUGGUUAUAACGCUAUCAUUGAUAACAUGGUUACAACUUGUUUUACUGUAUAUGUAUUAUAUUUACUAUUAAAAUCAUGUGAAUAUAUCUUUAUUUCUAAAAAAUUAUUAUAUGUACUUAUAUAAAAUUCCUAUCCAAUUUUUUACAAUCGGAAGUGGCAUUUUGCAAAUAAGUGACUAAUAUAAUUAUCAGUGUAUCAUAUUUGCAAUAAUACACAUUUAAACGGCAAGAACAAAGAAAAAA